CCAAGCACAGCGAAGGUUUUCGUAGCUGCCAGCUGAUCGUUUUGGUGCGGGCGUAGAAAAUUAGUUACGUUGUUUUUGCUACUUUUUUGGUGCAAAUUAGUUUACUUCCGUGCGGUACAAAAGGGGGAAAAGUGUUCGUGGUGCUAGUAACGAAAGAGCUUAAGCAAUAUACACAAUUACCGUUGUAUUGCCGUAAACAUUGUACAAAUCCUGUUCCUAAGCCUGUAUCGGGUCCGAUUGUUGUGUUGUAUUCGUAUUGCAGACUUACUCUCCUGCGACAAAAAUCCUCCAUGUAACGAGCGUUCCGUCGUGCGUUAAAAUGCUGAUCAUCCCUCCAGUGUGAGCGGUUCAACAAUCAGCUGAGCUUAAUAACGCCUGAAAACGAAUAACGCUGAAGCAAGACAGAGAGAGAGAAGCACUAUCCUCCUCAACAGUUGUCCACGCUCUCCCGGCAGCAUCACAGCGGAUCUGUGGCCCCACGUCAAGCGAAUCGACGUCUCAACCGCACGCUCAGUCUGCCCACAACACCGACCGGGUGAACAUCGUUCAGCAACAUUCGUGCGCACAGGCACUGUACAAUGAACCAUAAAGUGAUCGCGAGUGGACAAGUGUAGUGAAAAACGAAUAUGACGAUGUUUUAAAAAAGAUAUACAACAUUCAGCGAAAGUGCCACAAAUCCCGAUGUAGCGAGGAAAGUGAUGAUCUUACACUCAUCCAGCAGACAUCCCGAUCUGUGUUGCUCAUCUGUUGUACAUUUUAUGGGCAGCAAAACAAACACUGCUGAUAGUGGCUACUGAAAGUGUAUCAACUAAUGCAUCCUUCCGACGCGGCUGUUUAUUAUAUCGUCCCGGUGUGCUUACGUUCCGGCUUGAUAGUGAACUGAUUAGAUGUGCUUCCAUCUUGUGUGGAGCAGGAAAACAUAGAAAGAAGGAAAGAUUAUAGUGAGUGUUUGUGUGGCUGUGUGUGUUUGUGGAAAAUAUUUAGUGGAAGCUGAUUUGUUUCCUGGUAGCGAUUACGGUUUACGCCGUACGUCCGUUUUUUUCUGCCGGCAAACGGGUCAGGCGAAAGAGUGUGUCUAGUGGGUGUGCUGCAGCUUCAUUUGACACGUGAACGCGCUGAUUAAUUGACCAUAUUGCUUUUCAUCAACAACAAUAAAAAGCAGGAAGUGAACUGAAGGAAGUGACAUCCAACCAGGGGAAGCCAUCCGCCUUUGCUUACUGCAAAUACGACAGAUCGUUCGAGCAACCGGAGCUCAACUCACCAUGGUGCUGGUGCUGAACGGUGUGAUACAGGACGAGCGUCCCAUCAACACGCACGCUCUGUUCCUGGAGCAUCCGGUGUACCGGGAAACGGCCACACAGCUUCUCUCGAUUCCUACGAAAACGGUUGGUGCACCAGGCUUGCUGUAUGUGUGCCAGCGAGAAAUGGCCGCCGUCGCUCCACACGAUCGAAACGUGAACAUAAUAGGAUCGGACGAUGCAACCACAUGCAUUAUCGUCGUAGUGCGGCAUUCCGGUUCCGGUGCGAUCGCACUGGCACACCUGGACGGCAACGGUACGGACGAGGCCGUGUCGGCAAUGGUCGCCCGCGUCCAGGAGCUCGCGUUCGGCUACCCGGAAGGCCGCAUCGAGCUACAGCUUAUUGGAGGCUUCAGCGAUCCGCAGGGCUAUGCGGAAGAUCUGUUCAGUAAUAUUAUGCAAUCAUUCCACAAACAUCCGCUGGAGAUCGAUCUGACCCAGUCGUGCGUCGGCGAGCUCAACACGAUGGUGCGCGAUGACAUCAACUGGCCGAUCAUCUACGGCGUCGGCGUGAACAUCAAGACGGGCGAAAUCUUUCCCGCCAACUUCCCGGACAAGGGACCGGAUCUGCCACUGCGCAUGGCGCGACACUUUACUGGAAGCCAUCAGGUGCUAGAUAUAUAUGAUGCCGCUGUUGGUAUGCUGCGCAUCGGUCCAUUCAAUUACGAUCCACUGCGUGGCGUUGAUCUUUGGUUGGCGCAGAGCGAUGAGUUUAUACUGAAGCAUCUUUCCACCAGUCCGGAGGUGGAACCGCCACACUUUGCCAUGCAGGUCCGUGCCACACUUAGAUACAUUCAGGACAAUCAGUUCCCGGCCGUUACCGUCUUCCGCAACAACAAUCCCCACUACUUCCGGCGGGACGAGACGACCGGCUGCUGGACACCGGUUCGGUACUGAGAGCCAGACGGUUGGCGGGCCUAUUUCUUCGCUCACGACAGAGGACACAACGUUGUAUACCGCUUCCGUAGAUUGAUUUCCCCCCAGAGCCCGUCGUAGUAGUGUAGUAGUGUACUGCUUUCCCUUGUUUUCUUCCAAUCCAAACAUAUUUAUCAAAAACAAAACCUGUCGUGCCAACACAAUAUAUAUGCGUAAAGGCGAAAUGUUAUAAUAUUAUGAUUCCCGCGCAGCUUGUUACAUUUACAUUACAUUAGUUUUCCUCUCUUGGAACCUUGGAAGAUUCGUUUAAUUUUAGUGCCUUUGUCUGUGUGUCUGUGUAGCUGGAAAUAUGCUCCUGUUUUUUUGUACAUCUUCUAAACUAAAACGACGUUCAAGCGUUAAAAGCAAAGAGUGGUAACGAUCUGAAUACGCUCUCUAUCGGUUCAGUGUUCUUUCUUUCUUUAAAUCAAUAUCUAUGCUAAAGGACAAAGGGCAUACGUUCAGAGAGCAAAGGGAGCUAAAAGACUCCACUUGCUAUAAAACAAACGAAAAACAUUACCCCUUUGCAAACCCUUUUCGGUAUUGAACAGUUUCUCUAUUGGCAGUUUAUUGUGAUUGCUGAGCUCUACUAUUUAACGAAUAAUAAAUCAAUUUAAAUAUGUUUAAUUGAGAUAGUGCUUUUUAUGCAAGAAUAGUUUUUUUUUUCCUUCAAUUUAUAUUAGCAUUUUAUUGGUUUUGUAAGCAAGUUACAGUAUCCGAAAUUAUUCACAAUCAAUCAAGACAAAAACCGAGCUCAAGUAAAUGGUUGUCCGGCGUCAUAAUAAAUAAAUGACUGUUCUCUAAAUAUUUACUCGGGCAGAUAUAUUUGAUGAAUAGUUAUGACGCAUAGUAAAAAAGCGGGACAUUGGAUUUUCUAAGAAAACAGGAGUUUAGUCAACUUUUUUGUUCUUUACUUUAAAAACAAGUCAAUUUUACUUCGACCUUUAACGCUGAUUUUCUACGCUGAAUACGUAGUUAGCUGAACUUCACACAAUAAAGAGUGAUUGUUUGAAUUUUUUUCUAGAA